GGCGGUCCCUCGAUUCACGUGACCGGAUGCUCCUGCACAUGCGCCGUUGCGGGGGGGUUAUGGGGAGCUGAUGUUGUGUUGGUCUGGAGGGUCCCUGUGUCCAGGAAGAGGAUAUGAGAAGAGCAGCUUUGCAGGUAGAGCUCCCCAAAUGAGUACCAUGUGAAGGUCUGACAGAGCCCCUUGAUUCGUGGGACAGGAGAGACGUCCCUCUUUCAGUCCAGAAGGGGAAAAUUCUUUGAACGUUUUUGUCUGCUUCAGUAGGCUCUUAAAGUAUCAUCUUUACCUGAACCACAGGGGCACGUGCCUGAGCCAGUUUGCCCACUGUGGGGAAAGGAAGUCUCAGGAGGCAUUCCGCGCGCCAUGGAGAAACCGUGGAAGUGUGGGGAUUGCGGGAAAGGAUUCCGCUAUCCCUCCAUGCUGGAGAUCCACCACCGUGUCCACACCGGGGAGCGGCCCUUCACCUGCUCCGUCUGCGGCAAGGGCUUCACCCAGUCGCCCCACCUGCUGUCCCACCAGCGGGUCCACACCGGGGAGCGGCCGUUCGCUUGCUCUGAGUGCGGGAAGGACUUCAGCGAAUCGUCCAGCCUGCUCAAGCACCAGCGGGUCCAUACCGGGGAGCGGCCCUUCACCUGCUUGGUGUGCAGCAAGGGCUUCCCUCACUCGUCCAGCCUGCUCAAGCACCAGCAGGUCCACACCGGGGAGCGGCCCUUCACCUGCACCGUCUGCGGCAAGGGCUUCACCCGCUCGUCGCACCUGCUGACCCACCAGCGGGUCCACACCGGGGAGAGGCCGUUCAGCUGCUCCGUCUGUGGCAAGAGCUUCUCUCACUCGUCCAGCCUGCUGCGGCACCAGCAGGUCCACACCGCGGAGCGGUCCUUCAUCUGCUCCGUCUGCGGCAAGGGCUUCUCUCACUCGUCCAGCCUGCUGCGGCACCAGCAGGUGCACACCGGCGAGGGUGCCUUCACCUGCUCCAUCUGUGGCAAGGGCUUCCCCCACUCAUCCGGCCUCCAGAUCCACCAGCGGGUCCACACGGGGGAACAUCCUUCCGAUAGACCAGAAGUGCACAUAAUACAGAGGAACUUCAAUUAUCCAGAAUUAGAUGAACCAGCACGGUGGCUCAGUGGUUAGCGCUGCUACCUCACAGUACCAGGGACCCGGGUUUCAUUCCUGCCUCAGGCGACAGACUGUGUGGAGUUUGCACAUUCUCCCCGCGUCUGCGUGGGUUUCCUCCUCGUGCUCCGGUUCCGUCCCACAGUCCAAAGAUGUGCAGGUCAGGGUGAAUUGGCCAUGCUAAAUUGCCCGUAGUGUUAGUUACAUUAGUCAGAGGGAAAUGGGUCUGGGUGGGUUACUCUUCAGAGGGUCAGUGUGGACUGGUUGGGCCUGUUUCCACACUGGAAGGGAUCUAAUCGUCAAGCGACUGAAAUACACCCUGCAUGUGUCCUUUGGAUAAUCGAGGUUCCUGUGUAUUCCAAAAGUGGCCUAACCAACGUCCUGUCCAGACCCCAACCCCUAUACUCAGUGCUGUGACCAAUAAAGUGAUCUGCAGAAUCUGCGGGACUUGCUUAAUCCUGGGAGGUAAAUCACGUGUUUCUCCUUCUCUUGCAGGUGGAUCCAAGAUUUCACUCUCUGUCCCAUUGAGUCUCCAGUCAGAUCCUUCAGCUCAACUGGUCUCUCUCAGUAUUUCUGACCCAUGGCCACCACAAGCCUUCUCAGUACUCUACAAGUGACUUCACCAACAUCCUGUACACCUUCAACAUGAUGUCCCAACUCCUUUAUUCAAUGGUGUGAACAAUUAAGCUACCCGAUGAAGGAGCAGCGCACCGAAAGCUAGUGCUUCCAAAUAAAUCUGUUGGACUAUAA